CCAAGGCAACAGAAGAUGAUGCAGGAAAAAGGUCUGUGAAAAGGAAGAGAAGUCCUGAGUCCGUCCAGUCCUCCAGGAGUGUCACACAAGAUACAGGAGACAGGUACUAACAAAUUUGACCAUGGCUGUACAUCUUCAUGCAUCAUUCCAGUUCUGAGUCAAAAGGUGAUGUCAUCUGUUUGGCCAGCAUCAGGCACAAGAACUGAAUCAACCUGAGUGGAUUGCCCAUAAUUGCAGGACAUGAUCAAUCGCACACCUAAGGGCCAGUGUAUUUACUGGAACCAUGCAGAAUCCUUCUUAAAGUUUGUGCUUGUACGGGGGAAAAACAUCUGGAAUUAAGCAGUCAGCCUUGUUCUCAUUCAUGGUAAUUUCUGGUAUUAGUGGAAAAGUGGCAUUAGUUGGUGGUUAAUCUAAUUUACACAUGUAGUGAACCUGUUAAACGAACACAGUGCUAAAGCUUAUUCUAGUAGCAGCUUGAACCAAUCCUGGAUGAGACACUGGUCCAUCAUGAAGCCCACUCAUGCACAUACCUAUAAUUAAUCAUGGGCCAUUUUAUAGACAGUCAACCUAAAAUGCAUAACUUCAAUAUGUGGUAAGAAGCUGGAUUACAUACACUAACAGAACAAGUACAGUCUGGGAUUCCCUUGGCAGCGAUUUGAACCCAGAACUGUGUAGGAGCCUUGUAGAAGCAGUGUUAGCCAGUGAUUUUUUAUUUUUUCAGUUUCCUAUAAUAUUAACCACCCUUCCAUUUUCCAUUCGAAUUAACGGUUGUAGGGUCACACCCAUGCUUCCAGCCAAAGUGAUAAUUGAAACUUGCCAGUCUAAAAAAAAAAGUGGAGUACCCACAGGAAACACAUGAGGACGUGGGAAGAAAAUGCAAAAUCCAUGCAAGGAGUAAUCAGAAACUUCUCCAAAUCUUGGGGAUCUGGUCCUGGCUGCUGAACUAAUGGAACUGGUCAGUGAAACAGUGCGAGGGGUGCAGAUGGGAGUCUGGUUCAGGCGUGGUUUUGAGAAUGACCAUGCCAGCUACCCACUACCUCCUGAUCCAAUUGCUCUGAGUGGUCUUGUCCAAAACUUGGCAAAAAAAUUGCAUAAGCAGGAAGAGGCCCUGUGCAACCUUCAGGCAGUGCUGGAGAACAAAGAAAAGCAUUUUAAACAGAGCAAGGAUAAAUUGGAGUGGGAGCUCCAGACUCUUACAACAGCCCGAGAAACUCGGAUUGAUGCUCUUGAGAAUGAGGUUGCAAGGCUGGUCCUGGAGAACUCGCUGGCUUAUCGGGAACUGAGGAAGGCCCAGGAAGAGGCAGCCUCUAGUGCGGAGACAGUGCUGCAGCUUGGCGCUCAGCUCCAGGAAAAGCGUUUCCAUGCACGCAGCACCAUCAUUUCGGCUCAGGUGCUUCGCAAAGACCCCAAAUGGCUGAGAUUCUAUACUGGAUUUGAGAGCUAUGAGAAAUUUUUUGCUUUCCUGAGGUUCUUGAAAAAUGGUGAUGGAAGUGGACUGUGCUACAGGAGGGAAACUGAGAGUGAAGGGGGUGAAGCAUCUGAUGGAGAAGAGGAGGAGUUUGAAGACAUGGAUAAAGAGUCUGAAGAAAUUGAUGUCUUCACUGAUGAGUAUAUGGCGAAGCUGGAGCCAAUUCCACACUCAGUAGCACAACAAACACAAGAAGACACAAAUUCCAAUACAUCACUGGGACUUCCAAAAUCCCAAGAAGAUACCACUGUACGGGGAAUGAUUCUUAACCGGAAAAGUGUUGGGGGUGCACCCAAUCUACUUUGUCCUGAAGACCAGCUGUUGCUUGUCUUGAUGAGGCUUCGGCUUGGUCUUCUGCUCCAGGACCUCGCCUUUCGGUUCAGAGUGGCAGAGUCAACAGCAUCACGGAUCUGGGUUCACUGGAUCAACCUUUUACAGGAACGACUACAACAGAUUCCAGUGAAGUGUACCUCUCGUUAUGUUGAUUCCUUCCAACCAAAAUAUACUUCUCUGCUGGCAGAUGGACGAACUCUUAUAGUCAUGGAAUGUGCUGACCUGCUUUUUGACGUUCCCACGAAAGAACGUCAUCGGACUGCAGGGUCGGGUGUGGGGUCUUUGUCUUUCUCCCAGCCAUACCGAGCUCUGUCUUCUAAAAGGGGUUGCAUGGUGGCAUCUCCCUUAGGGUACCUUGGCUUUGCCAGUGACUUGCGAUUGGACAAGUGGAAGGCUACGGUAGAGGUCAAUACAAAACUUGCCUUGCCACCCUUUCUGGACCGUGUCCCUCCAGAAUCGGCCAUGCAGCAAGGACUGUGCCGAGAAGUCCUUAGUGUGCGCAGUCUGACGGACAAAGUGCUUAUGUUUCGCUUUCUGCGCUGCGUACAUCCCAUUAGUUCUGCUGCCUUGCUGGACCGUGCAUGGGAAGUGUGCUGCUACCUAGCCUGUCUGCUGCAUGAGCCCAUGGGCCUAAAAUAGAAAGAAUGAGCCUAAUGGAAACUAUAUAGCUCGAGGCUCACCCAAUCAGCUUGAUUUUACCACAUAAUAGGAUGGUUCCUGUUGUUGUGGCUAAAACAUUCACUGGGAAAGUGAAGAAAAAAAAAGAAGCCUGUCCUAAAGAGGAUGAGAGAGAUGAAACUCCAUGGUUCCCUAUUAACUGCAGUUUUAUUAGGCUGAGGUUUGCAGUUUUAUUUUGAGAAAUAAACCAAGCGUUAUGGACAACAAUGCAAGGAGGAAGCAGGGUUAAUUGGUGAAUAUUGAUGAAUUUCAGUGUAAAUGCUAACAGUGAUCAUAAUGAGUUGUGUCAAAUGAGCAUUGAGAUCUGAAAAAGUAAAAUUAGUGCAAGCCAGACAGUGGUUAUGUUCGCCUCUUUAUCUGAACAGCAUGCUGUAUAAGCACAUGGCUUAGCUUUUUAGGGCUUCUGGUAGUGAACUUGAGGUUAAGGCUGACUUGGUUAACAAAGACUGUGGUUUCUGUACAACUGCGUAUGAAUAGGUAGAUGGGUGUCAACUGUGGCUAUAUAAGUACAUCCAUCUAUCUAUAGAACUGCAUGUACAACUUGUAGAUGUUGUCAGAUAUAAAUGGGUUUAACAAAAAAACAAUUUAUAGUUAGAGGCAAACUUUCAUAACUUCUGAUUACUUCAGGGUAGUUAGUUGAGCAGCAAAUAUGAUGCAGUUGCUAUUUUUAUCUGGCUUUGCUACUAGGAAAUGAUUCAGAAUGAUAACUUAAAAGUAUGUGAUAUCAAUCCCCAGGUCUUAAAAACGUUGCUUCUCCAUCACACGCCACACAUAUCUUAUCUGCAGGUAUUGCUGUUCAGCUCAUUUUGAAGGGCUGAUCAGUGUUCAUGUAUAACCACAUCAAAAUAACUUGCUGUAAAGGCAUUAAAAUAUGGUAUCUUUUUGUAUCCAAAAUUGUGUUCAUAAACACCAACACAGAUUAAAUAUCAUUUACAUGCAUAGGUUUUUAUACAAAUUUUGUUCAUGUUUUUGUAAUAAUCUGCGGAUGUGUAUCUGUAAAUCUAUCUAAAUCCCAUCGUCUAAAAGAAGAGCAGCUGACCCAGCGUGUAAGGUUCUUUUGCACAAAUAUGGAGCACAGCAAUAUUCUGAAAUCCUAAAGUGUAAGGGAUUUAGCCAUAUCAGCCAUUUUCCUGAUUAUUAACGUGAAAGGAGCGCCGGUGAUUCCCCAUCUUUUAGCAAAAAGAGAAAAGCAGUGCUGAAGGCACUGUCGGAGCUCAAAUAGUUUAGUAUUUUUUUUAUUUGCAGUUUUAAGCAUUCUUAAAAUUAUUAGAUUCAUAAAUUGAUUUGGUUGUCAAGUCUAAAUAAAUAAACAAACAUCAAAUAAAGUUUACAUAACCUGUGUGAGAGGAGUUUAGUGAGUGAGCCACAUCUGAAUUUAGUGUGGCCCAUUAAAAUAAAUAGACUCUAUUUGAGAUUAAAAUCGAGCUUGUGACCUAGAUAUUUUGUUGAGCAGGGCUCUUCUUAUGUGUGAUGCAAUCGCCCAUAUUUAACUGCUUU